UUUCCCAGAAGAACAUUCAACGUCCAAUUGUUCGAUGCGAAGGAGUGGGAGUGGCAAACAUUAGGGUUCAGUAAAGUCUGCGAAACGGAGGUGAGAUUGUCGAGAAAUCGGUGAGGAAUUUCUAUCGGGGUGCCGGGAUAUCGAUAAUUUUGAAGCCGUGUUAGAUAUGGACUUGACAGGUUGUGAUUCGCACGGAUUAGAAUUUCUCUUGGUUUUCCCGAAGUGCGAGAAGGCUGCGUAUCUUCCUAUCAAAUUGACAGCGCUGCUGAAUUCUUGAGCUGGAUUCGAGUGGAUGGAAGGAAUCGCACGCCACAAACUGAAGGCAGUAGACCUCAAGUGAAGAGAGUCGGGUGCAUCGCACUUCUUAAUUUCUCAUUUGAGAAAGUGUUCCAAGGAGAAACACAAUGUCGGUGGCAGCGGGUGUCAGUGAUGCCGCCAUUACGGUGAGAGAGAAGUUGAGGGGAAAAAUUGGACAAACGAAGGUAAAACGGUACUGGCCAGGAAAAGCCCCUGAAUGGGCUGACGAAGUUGAGGAGGAGGUAGACGUCAAAGCCCCCAGGUCGGUAGCGUCAUUGAGGGCGGAUUUGGAAAAAGCGUUUCCUUUAAAAGAAGAGGCGGACUUGGCUGCGAAAGAUGAUCCUCGUCUCCGACGUCUAGCAGAGUCUCGUAGAGAUAGAGAUGAAGCUGUUGCGAGGCAUAGGCAAAUCAGACAGGCCGAACUUGUAUCAACCAGGGAGGAAGAGAGGAAGGCCGCAGAAGCUGCUGAGCUCGAAGAAGAAGAAGAUGAUGAUGCCAUUGAGGAGAGGAGGAGAAAAAUCAGGGAGAAACUCUUACAGAGGCAGAGGGAGGAUGACAUUGCAAUGGAAGAAGAGGAAGAGGAGGAGGAAGAUGAGGAGGAGGAAUCGGAGUAUGAAACCGAUUCAGAGGAAGAGUUCGGAGGUAUUGCCAUGGUAAAGCCUGUAUUUGUGCCGAAAGCUGAAAGAGAGACUAUCGCAGAAAGGGAGAAAUUAGAAGCAGAGGAGAAAGCAUUCCAAGAUUCUAUGAAGAAGAAGUUGGAAGAUAGGAAGGUCGAAACUAAACAAAUUAUUGUAGAGGUAAUAAAGCAGGAAGAGGAGAUUGAGAAGAACAGGGACGCAGAGGGUGACGGAGGUGAAAUCGAUACCGAUGAUGAAACUAAUGAAGCAGAAGAGUAUGAAGCCUGGAAAGCCAGGGAAAUUGCCAGGAUAAAGAGGGAUAGGGAAGACAGGGAGGCCAUGGUUAAAGAGAAAGAGGAAAUCGAAAAGCUUAGAAACAUGACCGAGGAGGAACGCAGAGAGUGGGAGCGGAAAAAUCCCAAGCCCCUCGUGGCAGCAAAGAAGAAAUGGAAGUUUAUGCAGAAAUACUAUCACAAGGGUGCCUUCUUUCAAUCAGGGUCUGACGACAGAGCAGCCGCUUCCUCCGAUGACAUUUUUAGGAGAGAUUUCUCAGCACCUACCGGGGAGGAUAAAAUGGACAAGACAAUAUUGCCCAAGGUCAUGCAAGUCAAGCACUUUGGACGAAGUGGCCGCACCAAGUGGACUCAUCUCGUUGCCGAGGACACUACUCAAUGGGACAAUCCAUGGACGUACAAUGAUCCACUUAGGGCGAAAUACAACAGCAAAAUGGCAGGCAUGAACAGGCCGAUCACGAAACCUCAGGGCAGCAAGAAACUGAAAGAUUGGGAGCAGCAAAACUAGGACGAGUUUUGUCGGCAGAUUCUUUAUCUUCGAGGACCUUGGCCCUUGUAGCGCGGCCGACCUUGAAUGUAUAUGAAAAGUGGCCAUUGCAAUUUUGUCCUCAAUACACCUGUUGAACAAACUGUAGAAAAUUUCCGCGUUAUUCUGUACCGCUUGUAUAUUAUUUAGCAGGGAGUAGAGAAAUGAGCCAGCUUGUUUUAGAAAGUGGAGCCACGAAUGUAAACAUGUCUAUUACUGGGCUACGAAUGCAGAAGCUGAAUUGUUUUUCCGAGCCGUGCCACAGGGGCUCUCAGCAGGUGGUUACCUUGUGAUGGAUACAAAUGCCUCUCCAUGUUUGUGUUGGAUUAGUGGGCCUGGUGGUUGAUGUCGGGUGAAUUCUUAGUUCUCAUUCUGAUAUAAAGGAUUAUCUAGGUAAUACGGCAAUCUGCUUCUGACCACGUUCUUUGGAUCAAGAUUCUGACGGGCAUCUGUUAAUCCUUCAGCUAAGUGCACCCCGAGGUAACCAGGACUGAGUAUGGGGUUUACACGUGUCUUUUCUCUUGAGAAAGUAAUGACUCGCCUGUUGUAGCGCAGGGAGCACCAUUGGGUACCUGAGGUGGUAACGACUAGUAUCUUUUUGGCCAUGGUCAAGCACACACAAGCACACAUACACCGAAUUGUUGCAAGGAGAUUUUCACUCGAUCAGCGA